AGGAAGCUGGGAAGAGGCUAGGAAGGAAACAACCGUCCUAUUAACAAAAGCUCAGUCUUGUCCCGGAGGACCUACCAGCCGAAGGGAAGGGUGAACGUGGCUCUCGGCCUGGGAGCUGGAGCUCCUUGCAAACAGUGGCAGGCAUCCCGAUCCUGUCCUUCUCAGGAGGAGUCCUGGAGCUUGGUGCUCCUGAAGUUUGCAAAGCCGCAGCAGCAGCCUUGGAACAAAUGAAGUGGAGUGUGUGUGUGUGUGAAAUUUAGUUCUGGUUGGGGUUUUUUUUUUUGAUGUGUGGGUUAAUGGAUUUUUAGUACAAAGAAAACUCAAACUCAGCUGACCUGAAAGACUGGAAUUUCAGCUCUCUUCCUUCCCUGGGAUAUUUUUCCUCCCCCUUCCUCUCUAAGCCCUUUAAACCAGAUUACUGGGUCAGUGACUCUUACUCAGCCCGCCAGUUCCAAGGUUUCCAGCUUGUUUGGCUUAGAAAGAAAAACCACUACAUGAUUAGCGAAGCACUGGGGAGGCACAUUCAUUUCGCGGUGGCGUUGUCAGGAGCGAUCAGCGAGUUUUAUGAAAAGCCCGGAAUUGCCUGAAAUGCCUCCUUGUCUGAGCCUGAGAUGAGAGGGGCACGGUGAGACCUCCCUGUGUGACCCCGGCCCUGCCCCUUGGCCCUGGGAGAAACCCCGGAGGAGGAGGCGCCUUCCUUGGUGCUCGCUGGUGCUGCAGGCAGGGCCCGGCAUGAGCCCUCCAGGCUGGAGUGCGCACUGCGCCCUGGUGCUCCCCCUGCUCCUGCACGCGACCCAUCCCACCUUCGUCAGCCUAAACCGCGGGCUGAGGGUGACCAAGGGCAGCUCGGCCUUCCUGUCAGCGGAGGACCUGCAGUUUGCCAUUCCAAGAGAGAAAGACGCCUGCAAAGUGGAAGUCGUGGUGCACGAGCCCAUAACCCAGAGGGUUGGGAAACUCACUCCUCAGGUCUUUGACUGCCAUUUCCUUCCCAAUGAAGUAAGGUAUACUCACAAUGGUUGCCCAAUUCUUGAUGAAGACACCGUGAAGCUUAGAGUUUACAGAUUUACCGAAACAGACACCUUCAUGGAAACCUUUGUUCUGCGGGUCUAUCUCCUGGAACCAGACUGUAGUGUCAUCCGGAGGAGGAGCCGUGUGCUGGAGGUGUCUGAAUUCUAUGGCCUGUCCCAAGCAAUUGAUAAGAACCUGCUCCAAUUUGAUUAUGAUGGGACGGCUGGUCUGGAGUGCACUGUAGAGCUGGACCCCAUGAGAACUCAUCUGCCAGCUCACGGCCAGAUGGUCGUGGUGGAGCCUCAACCGGAAGAACCUCGUGGAGAUCAGCCACACAGUUUUUUUCCUGAGUCCCAACUGGAAACAGAACUGAAGUGUCCAGGCAGAAGCUGUACCCUGGGACUGAAGAAAAUAGGAAGUCUCAAAGUGAGCUGUGAGGAGUUCCUGAUGAUGGGGCUUCGUUAUCAACAUAUGCACCCUCCUUCUCCCAACAUCGAUUAUAUCUCCAUCCAGCUGGACCUUACAGACAGCAGGAGUAAAAUGCUUUACAAGUCAGAAAGUGUGUGGUUGCCUGUCUACAUCAGAGGUGGCUUUCCAAACCAGAUUCCAAGGGCUGCAUUCAUGUCCGUGUUCAUUCUGGAAGUGGAUCAGUUCAUCCUGACCUCUCUGACUACAUCUGUUCUGGACUGUGAAGAGGAUGAGACCCCUAAACCCUUGUUGGUGUUCAACAUCACAAAAACUCCACUUCAGGGCUAUGUCACUCACCUUUUCGAUCACACCCGACCUGUCUCCUCAUUUACCUGGAGAGAUCUCAGUGACAUGCAGAUUGCUUAUCAGCCACCAAACAACAGCCAUUCGGAGAGGAGACAUUACGAGGUGGAGCUAGAGGUAUAUGACUUUUUCUUUGAGAGAAGCGCACCCAUCAUGGUCCACAUCUCCAUCAGAACAGCAGAUACCAAUGCCCCACGAGUGUCCUGGAAUACAGGUCUGAAUCUCCUGGAGGGGCAGUCUCGGGCUAUCACAUGGGAACAGUUCCAGAUUGUUGACAAUGAUAACAUUGGUACUGUCCAGUUGGUCACUGUUGGUGGCCUGCAGCACGGAUGGCUUACAGUGAGAGGGGGGAAAGGAUUUCUCUUCACUGUGUCAGACCUUCAGGAUGGAGUUGUUCGCUAUCACCAUGAUGACAGUGACUCCACCAAAGACUUUGUGGUCUUCAGGAUAUUCGAUGGAUAUCACAGCAUCCGUCACAAGUUUCCUAUCAACAUUUUGCCCAAAGAUGACAGCCCUCCGUUCCUCAUAAGCAAUGUUGUGAUUGAGCUGGAGGAGGGGCAGACCAUCCUGAUCCAGGGGUCCAUGCUGAGAGCCUCAGACAUGGACUCUAGUGAUGACUACAUCUUCUUUAAUAUCACAAGACCCCCAAAGGCUGGAGAGAUCAUGAAGAAGCCAGGGCCAGGGCUGAUAGGCUAUCCUGUCCCUGGCUUCCUUCAGAGGGACUUACUUAAUGGGAUCAUUUACUAUCGUCACUUUGGUGGAGAAAUUUUUGAAGAUUCUUUUGAAUUUGUCAUGUGGGACAGCCAUGAACCUCCAAAUCUUUCAGUGCCACAGGUAGCAAUGAUCCAAGUCACUCCUGUGGAUGACCAGCUCCCACAGGAGGCUCCUGGAGUUUCUCGGCAUUUGGUUGUCAAGGAAACAGAGGUGGCCUACAUAACUAAGAAACAUCUACAUUUCCUAGACACGGAAUCAUAUGAUGGGGAGCUGCUCUACACAAUAACAACUCCUCCAUUUUUUACCUUCAGCCACAGACAUUUGGAUGCUGGGAAGCUAUUCAUCGUGGACAGCAUACCAAAGCUAACAAAAAAUCCUACAGCCUUGGGACUGAGGUCAUUUACUCAGCAUGCUGUGAACUAUUUGAAAGUGGCCUACAUGCCACCCAUGGAAGACAUAGGCCCCCAUCUUCGACAGGUCCAGUUCAAAUUUUCUAUCAGUAACCAACACGGUGGCACUUUGCAUGGAAUCUGUUUUAACAUUACGAUUCUCCCAGUGGACAAUCAGGUUCCCAAGGUCCUCACCAACCGCCUGAGAGUGGCAGAAGGAGAUCGAUGCAUCAUCAGCACAGAACACAUUCUGGUUUCUGAUGUGGACACCACGCUGGAUGGCAUCCGGCUCUCCCUGCAGGGUCUGCCUCUGAGUGGAAGGGUGGAGCUACACGGAUUUCCUCUGAAUGCAGGGGAUGUGUUUUCUUGGGAAGACCUCCAUACCCUAAAAGUUAGGUAUCAACAUGAUGGAUCUGAAGUUCUUAAGGAUGACAUAUGCUUGCAGGUCACAGAUGGCACAAAUUGGGCAGAAUUUGUUCUACAUGUUGAGGUAUUCCCUGUAAAUGAUGAGCCACCCAUCCUAAAGGCUGGCCUCAUCCCCAUGAUGCAUUGCUCAGAGGGUGGAGAGGUGGUCAUCACUCAUGAAUUUGUUUUUGCUACUGACAUGGACAGUGAUGACUUCAAACUGAUGUUUUUGAUUGCCCGAGAACCCCAGCAUGGGGUGGUGAGGAAGGCAGGAGUCAAAGUGGAUCAGUUCUCUCAGGGAGAUGUCAUCUCAGGAGCCGUGACGUACAAACACACGGGUGGCGAGGUUGGCCUGGUGCCUUGUUUUGACACCAUUGCAUUGGUGGUUUCGGAUCAAGAAGCUGGCCCUUUUGUAAAUGACUGUUGCUACAAUGGACCUAAUCCAUCUGUUCCUCUUCAUGAGUCCUUUCCAAUGUAUGAUCUCAACAUCACAGUACAUCCAGUAGACAAUCAGCCUCCUUCAAUUGCAAUAGGUUCCAUGUUUGUCGUAGAUGAGGGGUCCUCAGUGGCCCUUACCAUUCACCAUUUGUCUGCCACCGACCCGGACACUGUUGCAGAUGACUUGGAAUUUGUUUUGGUUUCACCUCCGCAGUUUGGCUACCUUGAAAACACGCUCCCUUCUGUGGGGUUUGAGAAAAGCAAUAUGGGGAUCAGCAUAGCUUCCUUUCAGUGGAAAGACAUGAAAGCUUUGCACAUUAACUAUGUGCAAUCCAGGCAUCUGAGGAUAGAACCUACUGCCGACCAGUUCGUGGUGUACGUCACAGAUGGGAAGCACCGCUCCCUGGAGGCACCGUUUUAUGUUAUGAUCAACCCCACCAAUGAUGAAGCCCCUGACUUCGUAGUACAGAAUAUUAGUGUGUUUGAGGGUCAGAUGGCCGAGCUGGACUCGUCUGUCCUCAGCGCUGCUGACCUUGACGUCCCCAAAGACCUCUUACUGUUCAUUGUCACUCACCAGCCCCAUCACGGCCUCCUCGUCAACAGGGUGUUCAGCAAAGACUCGCUUCAGAACAAGCAGCUGGCUGGCCCUGACCAGAAACACGAGCUCGUUCACAACUUUUCCAUGGAACUAUUCAAGUGUGGAAUGAGAUUGACAUACAUGCAUGAUGACUCGGAGAGCCUUGCUGAUGACUUCACAAUCCAGCUGUCUGACGGGAAACACAAGAUACUUAGAACCAUUUCAGUAGAGGUUACCCCAGUCAAUGAUGAGAAACCAACACUGAGCAAGAAGGCUGAAAUUGCAAUAAAUAUGGGUGAUACUCGUAUUCUUUCUAGUGCUGUUCUUUCUGCCACAGAUAAAGACUCGCCUAGGGAGAAGAUUUACUAUUUAUUUGAAAAACUUCCCCAAAAUGGGCAACUUCAGCUUAAGAUAGGGAGGAUCUGGGCGCCCCUCUCGCUGGGCAUGAAGUGCACUCAGGAGGAAGUGGACCUGAACCUGCUGAGAUACUCACACACCGGGACGGAGGACUCCCCGAACCGAGACAGCUUCACCUUCUACCUCUGGGACGGUGACAACAGAUCACCUGCAUUUGAUUGUCACAUCAUCAUCGAGGGCGUAGGGAAAGGGAAAGAUGAUAUUGUCAUUCUCACAAAGCCACUUGUGGUGUCUAAAGGUGGCAGAGGCAUCUUGACAACUGCCACUCUGUUGGCACUGGGCGGGACAGACAAGCAUGAGGAGCUGCUCUACUUCGUCACCUCCCCACCGCAGUAUGGCCAGAUGGAAUACGUCCACUCUCCCGGAGUCCCCAUUGCAAGCUUCAGCCAAGUGGACAUAGCAGGACAGACAGUCUGCUAUGCCCACAAGAGCAAGGUGGCUGCCUCCAGGGACAGCUUCAGAUUCCUCCUCAGCAACGGGCUGUGGACCAGGAGCGGGGAGUUCGAGAUCACACUGAAGGCCGCGGACAGAGCCCUGCCAGUGGUGGCUAGGAACAGAGGGCUGAGGCUGGCCCCGGGCGCCACGGGGCUGCUGUCCCCAGACCUCCUCCAGCUGAGCGACCCCGACACGCCUGCGGAGAGCCUGGCUUUCCUCCUGGCCCAGCUCCCGCGGCACGGCCAGCUCUACCUGCGGGGAGCAGCGCUGCGGCAAGGCAACUUCACGCAGCAGGACGUGGACAGCAGACGCGUGGCCUAUCGGCACUCGGGAGGCCACUCCCAGGCCGACUGUUUUACCUUUGUGGCUGCAGAUGGGACAAACCAAGGCUUCAUUGUGGAUGGGAGAGUCCGGGAGGACCCUGUUCCCUUCGCCAUUCAGGUGGACCAGGUGGACAGAACAGCACCCCGAAUCACUCGCUUGCAUCCCCCUUCCCAAGUGGGGCUCCUCAAAAAUGGCUGUUAUGGGAUUUACAUCACUUCCCAUGUGCUGAAGGUGUCAGACCCUGACACCAAGGAUGACGAGAUCAUCUUUAAGAUUUUACGAGGCCCACUACAUGGACAUCUGGAGAACACAACAACAGGUGAAUUUAUCUGUGAGAAAUUUACCCAAAAGGACUUAAACAGUAAGACCAUUAUUUAUAUCAUAAACCCAUCUUUGGAAGUAAAUUCAGAUAUCGUGGAAUUUCAAGUCAUGGACCCCACAGGGAACUCUGCUCCUCCUCAAAGUUUGGAAUUGAAGUGGUCUCAUGUUGAAUGGUCACAGACAGAGUAUGAGGUCUGUGAGAAUGUGGGCGUGUUGCCCUUGGAAGUGACCAGGAAGGGAUAUACCAUGGAAUCUGCCUUCGUUGGUAUAAAGGUCAACCAAGUGUCAGCUACAGUUGGAAAAGAUUUCACUGUGACUCCAUCCAAACUGAUUCAGUUUGACCCAGGAAUGUCAACUAAGAUGUGGAAUAUAGCAAUUACCUAUGACGGAUUAGAGGAAGAUGAUGAGGUCUUUGAAGUGAUUCUGAACUCCCCUGUGAAUGCAGUUCUUGGCACAAAGACAAAAGCUGCAGUGAAAAUUUUGGACUCAAAAGGAGGAUGGUGCCAUCCCUCAUCCUCCGACAGCCAGAGCAAGCACAGUGCAUGGGAGAAGGGUAUCUGGCACCUGCUGUCCACAGGGUCCGACUCACCCACCACUUCUGGCUCCCUGCGUCUGGAAAGAAGACCGCCUCCAUCUUCCGAGCAGCCUGCGGUCACCAGGGGAGACUCCCCACAGGGCUUUGAUUCUGCAGAGCUUGCUGGGAGGAAGCUCAGGACCCGUGGGAAUGGCAGAGUGGUCCAUCCAUCCUCUGUGUAUAGAAAUGGGACCAACGUCAUCUACACUUAUCAUAGGAUGGUUUCCUUGAAACUGGAGGAUGACAGUUUCCCGAGUCACAAAAGGAAGGACAAAGUAGCCCUCAUUCGUCAGCCACAGAAGACAGUCAGAGCGGCAGAGCUGCCAAAAGCAGAUAAGGUUGAAUCCACAACUGGCUCACACCUCCCCAGACAGGGCCAGCUGCCCUCCUUUCCAAAGAACUGCACUGUGGAAUUGAAGGGACUCUUCCAUUUUGAAGAAAGCACCCAAAAGCUAUAUCAAUGCAAUGGGAUGAUCUGGAAAGCCUGGAACCCCCAAACCAAGGAGGCAGAGGACAGAUCCUGCCCAGCUGGAUGGCACCUUCACUCAGGCUACUGUCACACCUUGGUCACAGAACAGAAAAGCACCUGGAACACAGCUGCUCACUCUUGCAAGGAACAAUUUCUGGGCAACCUCGUAACAGUGUUCUCCAGGCAGCACAUGCGGUGGCUGUGGGACCUCAGUAGGAGGAAGCCCUUUUGGAUAGGUUUGAACGACCAAGGGCGCACUGGCCACUGGGUGUGGAUUGGCGGUGAACCUCUCACCUUCACCAUUUGGAAGAGAAGGUCCCCUCCACAUUCACAGUUUGGAAAGAACUGUGUUUUGUUUCAGAGUCAGGGGAAAUGGAAAACAAAGAACUGUAGGAAAGGCAAACCUCACAAUUUCGUGUGCUCUAGGAAACUCUAAAUGUAACUGGCUCUGUGGGUGCCUGCCUGAGAUUUCUCACCUAUUUAUUAACAAGAUUUAUGAAUGUUGCUCCAUAGAAAGCAAAUUGUCAUGACUGGAUGGAUGCACUUUUGUGAUUCUAUCUUGUAAAAAUAGAACCUAGAGUAAUAAUUCCAGGAAGGCUAAUAAAUGAAUAUUUCUUAUAAAAUGAGAUACAGUUUUUAUCUCAGUAUCUUUCAUGAUAAAUGCCUGCAGUAUUGUACAGUGGACUUAUUCCAGAAGACCUAGAUAACCACCACUCUCCAAAUCUCAGGCAGCACCAAUUUUAUGUUCCUUGGAUUUGAUUUAUUUACAUUACCUCGAAUGAGCCCAUUCUCAAGUCUAUUGUUGGUGCUACUACCAUUGUAGUGUAAGCGAAGUGCACCCUCCCACUUCAUUAAACCAAGGCUGAGUUGCAAAUGGUUUGCUUGUCCUUUGGUACCUUUUAAAUGUGAAACCUAAAAUUGGAGGCUGUGGAAGGAAAGAAGAAUUGUUUUUCUGAUGGCUGAAUCUUGGAGAUGGAGGCUCAAAGUUGCAAAAGUGAGAAUUCAGGAAGCUCCCCAGCAUCACUCAUGAAACAUGCCUCCUUCUCAGUAUGAAUGUCAACAUUAUGCUACCAUCUAAAGCUAAAGAUCAGGUUUCUCCAGACUUUCAGAGUCAUGAGAAAUUUGAAGUAACAUAAUCUCUUCAUUUUCAUCAGCGUUUAUCGUACUGACUGGCAUUUCUCAAGGACAUUGGAAUAGGGUGUACAUGUGAAUGAUGAUUGGCAUAUGUAAGAAGAAUACUGCUUCCUUGGAAGCAUCCCCAUGAACUAAGCUGAUCAAUAAAGAAAAGUAACACAGAAAACAGUGAUUGAAAAAAUAUCUACUCAGAAUUUUGUUGUAAUUUUGAGCCCUUGAAUCUUUACUUUCAAAAAUGUUAUGUUAACUUGAUUCUGUAAUGGAAAGGUACCUUAUUAAUUUAUAAACUUAGCUGCAUGAAAUAUUUUUUGUAGCAAUAAAGCAUAUUGUAUCCCUCCCAGAAUGCCUUACUAAAAUUAAGGUUUACUCACAGGAAAUCAGAACUUUAUUUUUAAAAUGUUUAUUAAAGAUUUUCCUCUUUUCAUAGUCAUUGAAAAAUAAGAUUGUACCAAAUGUAACUUGCUGUAUGAGUGCCAGAGUAACUUCAGAAUUAAAAUUGGGUUAUCUAGUAGACUAGAGUUUUGGUGCAAGCCUUUUUUAAAUAAUACUUUGAGUAUUGUAGGCACUAAAAGUGAUUUAAGAAAGUCAUUCUAGUUUCUGGAUAUAAAAACGUGGCAGGCUUGGUUUUUUCUGUUCAUUUGUUUUAUUUCUGUUCAUCUGUCAAAGUUUUGACUAACAGAGAGGUGCAUAAGAGUCAAACCUUCUGUCUCUUACUUAAAUAUAAAUAUGCAGUAAUUGUAAAGUCUGGGGGCUCCUUACCUUAGAUAUCUAAGGUGGCCUUUAGAUUGGCAUAAUGCACAGAUCUCCCAUGCAUCCUCUAGUAUACAACCAAAUAUGCCACACCUAUCCUCUACACCAGCUGCAGGGCGGUUCAGGGCUUCUGCAGUGUGGAAAGGUGGGAUUAAGCAUGAGGAAAAGAAGGAGUAGGUCCUAGGAGGAAAGUGAAAGAUUAAAAAAUUCAAGGGCAACUGCUUGCUACUGAGAUUCUGAAACUCUGAAAAUUAUUUAGAAUUUGAAAGCUAUGUCAACUUGAUCAUGUAGAACUUGGUUGGCGUGGGGAAUCUGUUACACUGUUCUGCAAUAAAAAUAAUACAAAUAUCAUGGCAAAUGAUGGCAUACAAAGAGAAAGCUGUAAUUUUUACAACAGUAGAAAUACCAGUAGAAUAUUUUAAAAUAUUCCUGAUCAUGACAAUAGUAAUCAAGUUAGGAAAUCCAAGUAAUUGGAAGACCACACAGAUCUGGGUAAGUGUGAGUCCUGGGCAGGAUUCACCAUGACUUUCCUACUUGAUCAUGGUUGAGGUUGGACUUGCGGAAGAAGAGGUAAACAGUUGUCAAAUGUUCCUCGUGUCCUAAUUGGUCACUCCUACUCUUUUGGUUCUAGUGGGAAUGGGAAAGAAGGAAACAUAGAGAUGAGCAGAAUGGGGGGACUGGGAGGUUACAGAAGAGAAGAGCCUGGAGAGAAAGGUUGAGCAGGAAAGGACUGAUGGUAGCUCAGUCCUAACUGUCACCAGUUUUCUUCCCCAAACUUGAAUACUGACUCAUAAAACGCUCCCCUGUACCCAAGGGCAUGUAACUUUUAAGACUCUUCUGAAUGUUGGUCUUAAAAAACAUAUAGAAUGUAUUUGCUAAAAAUAAAUUUUAGCUGAGGAUUUAGCUCAGUGGUUCCACCGCCUGCUUCGCAAGUGCAAGGUCCCGAGUCCAAUCCCUGGUACCAAAAAAUAAAUAAAUAAAAAUAAAUUUUAAAAGCAUAUGAUAAUCAUGUCAUCUCCUUCCAUGCAGUGGUUAAAACAAACCAUGUGGCACUUAUUUGCAUUUUUGUUUUUGCUUAUUUUUAAUACAGCCAAAAUAUAUGUACCUAUUUUAAUCAAUACCAUGGUUCUGUGCAAUUUCAGCCAUAAACCGGUGCUGAUUAAUUUCUUCAACAAAGCAGCAUAUUAAGUGUACUAUAACUAGUGUUGUAUCAUAAUUAAUAAAAUGAAAUUAUUUGUAGGUCUCAGAUACUAUUCUUUUAGUUUUUCAUAUUUAUCUUUUUCCUGGGAAUACAUGGGUUUGAGGUCUUAAUGAUAAGCAUGUCUCAUCUUUACUGUUUAGACCUGCAUUUAGUCAUAUGACAUUCACACAUCCUUACAUCAUUCAGUUAAAAGAUAUUACAUAUAGAUUGUCAACUCUGCACCUGGCAUUGUUUU